AUGGAAAGAGAAACUAAUGGAGAAGUGCGUUAUAUCCUUUUUGUUGAUGAGUGUGAUCAGAUUAGCAACAAUACCAUGAUUCACGACCCUAAUCGUUUGCGAUUCCUUAAAGAACUUCUAGAAGGGAAUGUAGAAAGUGCAACUUACCGCGAAGGAAGAUUAAGUAAUCCUUUAGACUUUAGUUGGACAUGGGGAGAAUUUAAGAAAUAUUUUGAUGAUGCCAAGAAUAAUCCGACUAAAUACAAAUUACCAACUUGGUUUAAAAUUCCCGAAAUGCCAAAAAGAUGGCGUGAUACCCACACUUUAGAUGAAGAGGAUAAUAAAUGA